AUGGUUGAGAAUUCCAUACCCCCAUACCUCAUCCACUACGAGCGCAACUCGCCCUGGCCGUUCACCACGCACCAAGGGCCGCCUGAGACCCCGACCAGUGCAUUCGAGCUGAUUCAGAUAGAACUGGACUAUUUCGCAAUGAACUACUCCAAUACCCAACACUCGAUGCCUUCUGAUCAGGAGCUUCAGUACGAAGCCUGCUGCAUCAUCUUCGGCUCCGAAAUGCUUUCGCGAGACCCGGCAACACCACCGCCAUCUUGGCUCCGCGACCUUCUCAUGUCGUCCGAGGAAAUCACCAAUCAGGCGCGAAUACGCCCCAUGAAAAGCGCUGCCAAGUCUCGAAUCACCCAUCUGAAAAUCCACGGCAAAGACAGCAUCUUCGAGGCAUGCAAUAUGGAGGCGCAGCUGCAUGAAUACGUGGAUAUGCCAAAGCUAUUAGGUUUGGAAGUGGGAGAUGCUGAGCUCCAGAGCGAGGCAUGUAGCAUUGUUAGGUGCAUGGAAGCUUUGUCGCCAAACCCCUCAGAGACGUUUGUUAAACUGUUGACAAGUCUGAUUUAUAGCUCAACACAUUGGCUUGCGCCUUUCCGCCGCCGCGCGGAUCUACCAUUGGUAGAAGGCUCGUCGGCGCCUGCACUGGCCAAUGAUACUGAGAUGCAGCGCAUCUCGGUCGAUGACCCAAUUAUGAGCUCAGAAUUACCGAGUGAUGGGCUCUCGACGAUAGAUCCAGUGCUCUUAACGUCCAGUAAUUUGUGUAGUGCAGCUGCUGGUGGCUCUACCCCUGGCUCUGGGACAAGCAAUGGGAUUGAAAGCGCCACACCGUUCUUCCUCACUGAUCAUAACAACUGCUACAGACGCCUUGCCAGGGGCCUGUCUCGGUUCGUGGCGAUCACCAUCUCUACACGCAACCCGAACAGGCAUGUGCCCACUGAUGAGGAGCUUCAGCACCAGGCUCGAUGGAUCAUGUUUGACGAGUGA